AAAAGAUCUGUGAAGAGCUUAGAAGACGGUUGCGUUGGAGACAAGUCUAACCACGUGCAUCAUGCAUCUGUUGCUCCCUCUCUUUUAUUCUCUCACGCUCGUGUGGUUUUAUGUUAUAUUAGCAGAAGCGGGAUAUUGUUGGCUUAAAGUUAACAAGAAUGGACGUUGCACGACAUUUUUCGGGGGGAACGUUUCCCGUCAGGAUUGUUGCUCAGACAGCAGAGCCAACACAGCCUGGACACCACAGGACUUAUCAUCGGGUCAGCUGUUUUAUUGGACGGUUUUUGGAGGAGGUGUGCCAUGUCAGCCUUGUAAAGAUUCUUGCGUCCACGUCAAGUGCUCCAGUGGAAAAGUUUGUAGUCUGAGAAAAGGAAAACCAAUUUGUGUCUGUAGACCAAAAUGUCCGAAGAGGAAGCGAAAACUGGGAGCUGUUUGUGGUAAUGAUGGCAACACGUAUAAACAUGUUUGUAAAUUACUGAAAGUCGGCUGUAGAAAGAACACAAAAUUAGAAGUGGCCUAUUUCGGUUCGUGCCAAGACAACAGCUGUCAGAACAUCAUAUGUUCAGGGAAGAAGACCUGCCUGCUCGACCAAAACUUUGAACCCCACUGUGUUCACUGCAGAAAUAACUGUUCAGCGAAACGGAGAUAUGUCUGUGGCUCCAACAAUGUUACUUAUUCCAGCAGGUGUACACUGAGGAAAGCUGCAUGUUUCAAAGGAAUGGCGAUAAAAGAAUCUUAUAGAGGGCACUGCAAAGUGAAUGCAAGUUGUGAAACAAUACGUUGUAACAAGGGAAGAUCAUGUUUGAUGAACUUGAAAACUGGAAUUCCUCUAUGUACACGAUGUCCGCCAACAUGCCCCCUGGUGAGAACAAACUUUCAGUGUGCUUCUAGAAACCAGACUAACUUCAGCUGGUGCCAGAUGAUGAAGGAAUCCUGCCGAACAGGGAUCGUAGUGGGAACCAAAAGUAGCUUACUUUGUUCAGGUGAGUUAAAAACAUAUAUAUUACUUAGCUGACAUAACUCGUGUUGAGU